GUCAAGCUGAUAUGAAAAGAUUCCUUUUCGGUCAUCCAUAUAUAUGCUAAUCACCAUGGGUCUGUUGAUACUGGCGGGCAAUGCCUGGUAAGGAUGGCGCCCCUAGCCUUGUGGCCAAUUUCCCUCCUUGCUGAACCCCCCAACAGCUACCCGAUCUUCCUACGCUCUAUAUUGUAUACAUUGUUACUUAUACUUCCGGAUAAUGACUACUUUCAUGGCUAUCGUGAAACUCUACGAUUUUUGCUAGUCUAUCCACGUCGGUGCUACACCAACCUGUUUCCCGCGCGUCACACUUGGUGGCUGCUGUGCGCAGUCGUUGUCUUGAAUGGGAUAGAUUGGAUAGCUUUCGAAGUUCUGAAUGUGAGCUUGGUCCCUUAACCUUCCUUGGGCAAGCGAUAAACGGUGCACUGACGCCAAUUUAGAUUGACAAUCCAGCAGUCACCGGCAUCCCUCCAGGAACUCGAACACUAGACGGAUUAUUUCAAGCAUUAUGCGUUCGAAAUGGUGGUUUCUACGUUAUCGCAAUACCAUCACUCCAGAUCGGAACUCAGGUUAUCUACGUGGUCAUGAUGUAUAUAUCCGUUUAUCCCGUCGUGAUAACCAUGCGCAGCACGAACGUGUAUGAAGAAAGAAGCCUAGGGAUCUAUGCAGAGGAGCUGCCCGCAGGUUUAGACUACAGGAACCCUCAAAAAGAGGGCCUCCCAACGCCUGCGCUCUCGACUCGAUUCUACUUUAUCCAACAGCAGCUCCGCGCUCAGUUAGCCCACGACUUAUGGUGGCUUGCUUUAGCCAUCGUUAUCGUAUCUAUUGUUGAAGCCAGCAGUUUCACUCGAGACCCAGUGACAUACUCAGUCUUUAAUAUUAUCUUUGAGACCAUUAGUGCCUACGGCUGUGUGGGAAUCACUACCGGUUUACCGGACCAGGCAUAUAGUUUCUCGGGUGGUUGGCACUCGUUCAGUAAGCUGGUGCUAUGUGCUGUGAUGCUCCGCGGCAGGCAUCGUAGCUUACCAGUCGCUAUCGAUAAGGCGAUUAUGUUGCCUGGGGAUCAUUUAGCAUGCGUGGAGGAGGAAGACGCUCAUAUUCGGAUGGAGCGCGCGCUGGAACGGGGAUAUGAAAAUGUGUAGCUGGUGGUGGACGGACGAGAGAAA